GUGCAAAUAGUUUGGUCCUUGCUAGGGCUGAUGUCACUGAACCGAGUGCAUUUAGGAUAUGCAUCUCUAUAUUCACUUCAUUUGGAAAUAGAUAGAUAAAUAUAUAUGGAAAGAAAAGAAUGGAUGAAAGGCUUUUUUCUGCUAAAUAAUUUGGGUGUCUCUUUUCUCUGUUUUAGUCAAAUACAUGAGAGUAGUUUAUAAAUUAGUUGAGCUGGAGUUGCCAAACUUGGCUGUAUAUCUGAGCAGCCUGGAUGGAAAGCCUUUGCAACUGAUAUUGUCCUCAAGCAGCUGAUCAUCAGAGCAUUUCCUUCCCAUACCCAAACCAGCAAAAUGACCACAUCCAGCAGGCAGAGCUCUUCUACGUCUAUGGUCAACAACUUGGCCAAAAUAUUCGAUCCAAACUCUUUGCAAAACCAAGGGCCAGGUAAUGGAAUGGAACCUCCUCAAAUUCUUCAUGUUGAGAGAAGUGAUGUCAGCACAUCUGAAAGUUUCAACAUCAUGGAUGUGAAGUUUGCCUCCCUUGAAGAGAAAAUUGAUAAACUGUUGACUCUGCAAGACAAUGUCCUUAAGAAGCUUAACAGUGUUUCCCAAGAAAUCUGUUGCAUUGAAAAAGACAUGGAGAUGGUAAAGGCGGAAACAUCUGAACCUGGAUCAAGGAUGGAAAGAAACAAAAAAAUGAGAAAUAAUGAAGUGAAGAGACUUUGCCUUAAAAUGAAAAAAUCUCUUUCUGAUAUAAACAGGAAAGCUGAGCAGCAGGUUAAAAGGCUAGAUGGACUUGAACAAAGUGUUUCUGGACUACAGAAACUUGUAGGACCUCUGGUAGAAAAGGUGAAAACAUUAGUAAUUCAUAAUUCAAGUGUAAAACAUCAUGUUAAAAAACGAAAAGUUUGCAAGGCAGGAGCUGGACAUCCCUUUAGGAUGCACAUUUUCUCGGAGACAACAGCUGGUGAUCUGCUCAGGAAGAAAAAUGAAAAGGUCAUCAAAGAAAAGUCACAUUUCAAUGAAACAGAAACAAAAGAAAAGAAGCCACCAGAUUCAACAGAUGGGGACAUCCAGCAGAGUCAAUCCUGCUCUCAGGAAGAAGAAGUUGAUAAGCUCAACAAGGAAAAUACCAAGAGGGAAUGUUCCCUUGUGCUUGAAGUGGAUCCUCCCAAGUUUCAUAGCGAAGGGUCAGAGGAGAAACAAGAAACUUUGUCUUUAGCAAGCCAUUAUGAAUAUAGGAGAAACUCUUUUCAGGAAUCCUUCACUCCAGAAAAGCAGCAGGAAGAUGUUGUUGAUGAUGCUUGUCAAAAACUAACUGUGCAGGAGAAGAUAGAGAGUGAGUCCCCAGCAGCUGAGGAGAAGAAGGAACAUCAGGUGGCUGAAGAUGCAUUUGAGGAACAACAAAAGGAGAAAGAGAGUGAAGGGAAGGAAAAUGCUGAUAAAAGUGAAAAGGGUGCUGAGGAACCACCAGCUCCUUCCCAAAAGGAAGCUGAGGCAGAACAAUGUGAUGAUGAAGAGGUAUCAGAGGGAAGGUGUAAAAGCUGCGAAAAAGAUGAUAUUCCUACUCCACCAGCACCAUUUGAUCACCGGAUUGUCUCAGCCAAAAGGGUGGGGAUCAGCAAUUAUUAUAAUGUCAACGAGGAUGAAAUUCUGGGAGGAGGGCGUUUUGGGCAAGUGCACAAAUGUGAAGAGAAAGCAACAGGUCUCAAGCUGGCAGCCAAAAUUAUAAAAGCACAAGGUCCAAAACAGAAGGAUGAAGUAAAAAAUGAAAUUAAUGUCAUGAACCAGCUGAAUCAUGUCAACCUCAUCCAGCUAUAUGAUGCCUUUGAAUCUAAAAAUGAUAUUGUACUCGUCAUGGAAUAUGUGGAAGGAGGAGAGUUAUUUGACCGAAUUAUUGAUGAAAACUACAAUUUGACAGAGAUGGAUACAAUCUCGUUCAUAAAACAGAUCUGCAAGGGAAUUCAGUACAUGCACCAAAUGUACAUUCUUCAUUUGGAUCUCAAGCCUGAGAAUAUCCUGUGUGUGAACCGAGAGGCAAAUCAAAUAAAAAUUAUUGAUUUUGGAUUGGCAAGAAGAUAUAAACCCAGGGAAAAACUUCGAGUUAACUUUGGGACUCCAGAAUUUCUUGCUCCUGAAGUUGUGAAUUAUGAGUUUGUCUCUUUUCCUACAGACAUGUGGAGUUUAGGAGUCAUUGCUUAUAUGCUCCUCACUGGGUUGUCUCCUUUUUUGGGUGAUGAUGACAAUGAGACCCUCAACAAUAUCCUGGCCUGUAACUGGGAUUUUGAAGAUGAGGAAUUUCGAGAUGUUUCUGAUGAGGCCAAAGAUUUCAUAUCAAAGCUUCUCAUCAAGGAAAAAUGCUGGAGAUUAAGUGCAAGUGCUGCCUUAAAACACCCAUGGUUAACAGACCACAAGCUCCACUGCAGACUCCAGAGAAAGGCUAAAGGUGACUGCGUGUCUCAAGCACCCCUGGCUAAAUAACCUCUCUGAAAGAGCUGCCAAACAGAAGAAAAGCUGCUGUGUGGUUACUGCUGCUAAGAGAUUUGAAAAUAUCAGCAGUCUCGGUGCUUUAACCCCCUGCCAUGACUGAGACUUCUACUAAAUGGACCAACAGCACUUUAGUUGCAGGACAAGUCCCAGCAUUGUGGAGCUGCUUCUUCUCUAUUCAGCUGUUAAAAGAAGGAAAGUAUUUCUCCAGGUUGCAGGAACGUGUUUCUUCUGAAGCAGUGUGUUCUCCUUGCCUGCAAGUGCUACAUUAGCUUGGUUUCAUAAUGAACUUUUCUCUAUUUAGUCUUAUGUCCUCAUUUACUUAUCAAAGGCUCCUUAAAGUUUAAAUUAUCAUGUAAAAUUAACUGUUUCUCAUCUGAGCCCAGAAGGCAAUCUGUCACUAUGUUAUAUCUGUAUCCAAGGUUCAUUUGACACUGGAAUCAAAUAAUUGAAAAAAAACCCCACAACAACAACAACAACAACAACAACAAAAAAACCAAACAAACAAAAAAAAAAAAAAAAAACCCAAAAUUGCAGCAAAUUUAAAGCUGCCUUUAGUGGAUGAUUUGAAGUUUGUUUUUCCUGUCACACUAAAAUGAGUUAAGAAUUAGCUCAACCAGAGUUAAAGCCAUGUUGAUGUAACACCCGUGGAAGGGAGAAAUGAGGCUUUCCUUGUGUACAGGUGAAUUUGCUGCAACUGUGGUAUGGUACAUUUCAGGAUUUUUCAGCCUGAUGAAUUACUGCUCGCUGUAAAUACACUUGGAUUAAUUAAACAAGAAAGAGAACAAGGCACUAUUCACUUGUACCUGUGCAUACCCUGUUCUCCAAAAUGGAAAUAUAAUUCAGAGUUAUUUUAACAGAGGGUGAUUUUAUAUCAGCUAAUCUGUUUAAUGCUAAUUUAACUGAUUAGGACCACUGGCAAAGAGGGGAGUCAGUGCUUUGCUCAUUAUAACCUCUGAGUACAGGCUCAAGUAAAAACCCAAUGUAUUUCUAAAGUUUUCUUAUCUUGCUCCCAAGCCUUUCUGAUUCUUAACUAGGUAAAAAAAAUAGGAGUCAGAACAGUUGAAUUCUUCACCUGAAAUUUUUUGAUUAUGGCUCAUCUUUAAGUGAAUCUAAGUUGCCAAAGAUCUGAAGUUAAAAUAAUGAGACUUCCUGCUGUAUAUGGCUUUCUUACUGCUUGGUUUCAGAACCACAUAAAUGCAAAUUGUACUGAGUAUUUUAUUUAAUCAUGCUGUUGUGGUGUCUUUACAUUGUCUUUGCUUAAUGCAGUUCUGAUCAAACCACAUAUUAACAUAGCUAUCUCUAUUUAUCUAUUCAUUUCAUAUGUUUAUGUAUUUAAGUUCUGUCUUUUUAAAAAAGGGAUCAACAUAAAGACAAAACAGUAUUAUUCAUCACCAUGCAAUGAGUUGCUUCUCACACCUUUGUCCUUUCUGGAUAGCAUUAAUUUUCAAAUGAAAAGGGGCCCAUUAAUGGGACAUCAUGGCCAUCGCACACUCUACAGCCAGUUUGAUCCAAUGUUUUAAAAUCAUUGUAGUACAUCCCUUAAGACUGCUCCUGUAAAUGAACUGGGCUUCUUACAACUGUGACAUAGUAAUACUGAUGUGUUGCACCAGAGAUUGCCAAUAAUGCUAUCACACACUGACACACUAUGUUGCUUUUAUACAGUGUACAAUGCUGCCAUCUUCAAAUCCUCAUCUGUAGCCUUUACUAAAGUAAACGUUGCCAAGCAGCAAUGGAAGUUUCUUGGGGAAAAGACUGAGCUGUAUCAAAGCAAGAAAAUGAGCAUAUGACUUCUAGGUAGAAGCUGGGCUGCUUGUUUUUACUCACCAUUUAUAUUUGUCUGGUCGAAAUGUAUAUAAAAGUUGCCUUUCAGUUAGGACUGGAGUUCCCACUCCUGUUCUGACUGUCUGCAAGAUAUUGUAGGUUCUUGUACAGUAAACAACUCAAUGAUCAGACUAAAAUGCAGCAAACCAUUUUGGAAUUACAGGAUCUCAUUAUGCACUUUAGUGCCAUUGUUGUAGAAUUGGAUCAGGGUUUUGUUUUUCCUUUGGUAGAUUUUACAUUGAUAAAUUGCAUGUAAUUUUGAACCUUACUAGCAAUACUAAAAUAAUAGUGUGACUACAGUCUUUUCUGCUUUGUUGCUCAGUGGAAUUAAGAGGAUUUAUUAUUUGUUGAUAUAUACAUCUGAGUAGUAAUUAAGAGCUUAGUGCCAUGACGAUCAGCCCAGUGUUAGAAUGUGCUGCAUUGAAUUAACCACAAAUCCUCCAGGAGCUGUAGAAAAAUGUGGUCUCUGUUGAGCACAUCCCCCAAGUUCAUCUGUACAGUUCUCUGUCAGAAAUAGGAAUGCAUGGGAGGAUAGAAGAGCUGGACAUAUUUCCCCCACCUUGAAAAUUUAGGCAUGAGUUGAGGAGGGGACCCCUCAGCAGCCUCUGGCUUGUGCUACUGGACAGUGUGCUAAUACAAUUAGGGCAUUUAACUUCCAUUCUUCAUAACAUGGAUAAUGGGCGUUCCUCUCUAGAGUCUUGUCUGUAAAUUGUCUCACUGUUUCAUUCGUGGAACAGCUCCUCUAGUAGGGGCUGAAUUUGAGGGAGGGCCAGUCAGAGGAGGUUGGAUUGAGCAAGUUUCUGCAGUGUCUGAAGGUGUCAUUUGGUGCCCAGGGUUAACGCUAAGUGGGCUUACAGGUGUGCAGUGAAGGAGGAAAGAAUCCCAAGUGCACUUCUGCUUUUUGCUCCAGGGAUGCUGGAUCUGCAGCACUGAGUCAAAAGGGAGGUACCUUACCUAGGGCCUUACUGUCACCAAGGGUAAAAAAUUAUACUGCUGUGUAAUCAUCACUGCUGUGUAUAGCAAUGUGCCUGAGAAAAAUGUCUCCAGAGAUGUUCAUUUGUGUCUUGCAUCCACCCCAACAUGAGAAAGUGCUUCUUUACAUUGAGGGUGGCAGAGCACUGGAACAGGCUACCCAGGGAGAUCAUGGAGUCUCCCUCUCUGGAGAUGUUCCAAACCCCCCUUGAUGUGUUCCUCUGUCAUCUGCUUUAGGUGACCCUGUGUUGACAAGGAGGUUGGACUGGAUGAUCUCCAGAGGUCCCUUUCAACCCUAAAAAUUAUGUAAUUCUGUGAUUCUGGGAUCUUUCCUGGCUGUUGUAAUUUUAGUAAAUAAUAGCUUGAGACAGAUUCUUUUUAGUGGCUUCCUAACUGUGUCUCAUUGCACGUUGAGCAGCAUGCUGUUUUGUGUGUGUGCUCACAUAUGCAAGUUUGAUUUGCAUUCUGUUUUACUUUGCCCUACCUCUGGAAACAUUCUAGGGUGAGUUGGACAGGCCUGUAAGCAACCUGAUCAAGUGGGAGAACUCAUUUCUCAUUGCAGGAAGGCUGGACUAGAUGACCUUUAAAGGUCCCGUCCAACUCAAACUAUUCUAUGAUUCUAUGAUUUUAUGAUUUAAGUAUGUUCUGUAAUGACUAAUACCUAAGUCCUGCUGUGUUAAAUCAUUGUUUUGACACAUCAUCAUUUAUUUUCUACUAGGUCAUAAUAAUACUAUGGCUACUAGGUUCUACUAAGUCACCUACUUCUUUGUGAGUUUGCUUAUAAUUUUAGCUACAUAUUGGCUUAUGUGAUUGCAUUUGGAAACUGUGAAUUUCUGUGCUUGUGAGCAGGUUUGGGUGUGAAAGGCACUGUUCCAGCUGCUUUUAUUCCAUCUAGCUGGGUACUCACAGACAGACAGGGAUGACUGCAGGUACCUCAAGAGUGGUAUAGAAAUAUCAGUUGCGGAGGGAUGAAGUGUCCAGAUGCUGUGCUUGUCUUGCGCAUUCUUCCUGACAUGUAAAAAUUAAAAAAUAAAAUCCUGAGACUAUGACAAGUAUCACCUGGCACUCAAAAGAAUCGGGACACUGUCAUUCCCACUCCUAUAGAUGCAGCAGGUAUACUGGAUGCCAGAUAUACUGGAGUAGUCCAAGACUACUUCAAGACUAGAAGCAAAUAUACUUGGCACAAGAUGGGACACAAGUGGUUUUUCAACAGCUUUUAUAUGUUGUACAUCCUGAAGAUUAUGAAAUGGGUAAAAACCUCUUCGGCAGAAAGAUCUCCAUGCUAUCAUGUCCAUGUUUGUGAACACCUGCAGCCAGUCACUCCUCUGGGUACCCUCACAGCAUAAGCAGUUGGCAACCUGGACAAUCCACUCUGGAGAUUACAAGAGUAGUUGCUUUUUAAUUUUGGUUUUUUAUUACCUCUAAUGUCAGAAGCUGAAUAAAGUAAAAGCCAACAUAAAUUCUUGAUUCCAACCAGGAAUAACAGGGUAGCUCACAGAAAUAAAUAAGGGAAAUGCUAGAGCCACUUUUUGUGAUGUGAGUAGUAGAAGAGCCCAGUUUAACCACCCCGCCUUCCUGCCAAAAAUAUCUACUUUGCAACAGUCCUGAUCAGUAAAAAUGAAAGGAACUGUAAUCUUUUUAACAGUGAAGGAAUUUCAAUCAAGAAACAGUUUUUCUGCAGUGGUUAAAUUGCUGCAGUAAAAGUCAAGUUAUUUUAGCAUUUUCAGUUUAAUGCUGACACUAUAAAUCACUGACAGCCUCUUUCAGCAAAAUGGCCCCCACCAGGAGCUGUGAGAAACGGAGGUGUUUGUCAGCUCUUCUCCACUGAUGGAAACCUGGAAUCACUGGAUUCCAUUCCUCUGGAUCCAGUGAGCAGGGCAAUUCUUAUCUUUUGGACUUUUGAUAUGUGGUAACAGAUGCAGUUUUGCACCCAGAGUAGUGAUGAAUGGAUGAGUGAACACCGAUGCUCCAAACUCCUUCCAGGAGGAUGAUGCAUCUUCACGUGCUACUUUUAUCACCUAUACAUACUUGUUCUUGUGUCUCCUGUGUAUAAAACUAAACACUGCAUGAAUCUGUUUAGGAAUGCUAGACUGUUUCACCUUCCAUGAAGGCUUGGUAGCUGAACAGCUAACUACCUGUUUCAAACUUAGAUGAAGACUGGUAGAGAUGGUGCUUUGUAAAUAUGCUGUUUAGCUGCAUCUGUAGAGUUGGUGAUCUCAUUUUGGUGUGGCAGAACUAAUGUUUGUGUACCCCAAGACAACUUCCCUUGAAUUUAGAGAACAGGCAUGUGGCAACUAAAUCAUGAAGCAUGUGGAUUUUCAUGUACCUUUAUCACUUUGGUUUGCAUAUCUGGUUUUGUAGAUUAACUCAUGUAUCUCUGGUAUGUGUUCUUUUGUGAAAAUCAUGAAGAAAUCUUGUAAAAAGAUGAAUGAGGAAUAAAUGCUGAUUUUGUUUACUCCA